UCUUUCCUUCUUAUCCUUCAUCUUAACAUAUGUCCAUAUAGUUCUUCCAUAUCUCAAUAAACCUUUCACUUUUUCAUAAUUGCCUCAUGAAUUAUAAGCCAAAAGACACUACUAGUUACCUAGGUAGUUACCCCUUGUUACUUUCUAGUUAUUCUAAACUCAUAUUGAAGGAUGCGGUCAAUUAAGCCAAGACAUCUCCGCCGAGGUCCUUUCCCUCGUUACCUCUCUUCAGCUAGUUCUUCAUUACAACCUCAUAUAACUCCCAUAACAUCGCUAUUAAUCGCGAAUCGCGGUGAGAUUGCGUUGAGAAUACAUAAAACAGCCGAACGCCUCGGUAUAAAGACUACUACAUUAUAUACUGAUCUUGACGCCUCCGCACAACAUGCCUCGUGCUCGCCACAUUCCAUCAGCCUCGGUGCCGCUAAUGGGUAUCUUGAUGGAGAGAGGAUAGUGAGAUUGGCGAAGCAGCACGGUAUCCAGGCUCUGCAUCCCGGUUAUGGCUUCUUAUCCGAGAACUCCGCUUUUGCCCAGAGGUGUGAGCAAGAGGGGAUCGUGUUUGUUGGUCCACCUGCUCAGGCUAUGGCCGACAUGGGAGACAAAGCCCGAAGUAAGGAGAUUAUGACUAAAGCUGGCAUACCAUGCGUUCCUGGGUAUCAUGGCAGUGAGCAGGGCGAAACAGAACUGCUGCAGUAUGCGAAGGAGAUCGAGUUUCCCGUCUUGCUAAAGAGCGUAAAGGGAGGCGGAGGUAAAGGCAUGAGGAUUGUAAUGGAAGAAAGCGAGUUUAUCCAACAGCUGAAAAGUGCAAGAGCAGAGGCCAGGGCUUCGUUCGGAGAGGGCGGUGAGGUUAUGCUGGUUGAGAAGUACAUCGUACGGCCAAGGCACGUCGAAGUCCAAGUUUUCGCGGACAAGCACGGCAACUGUGUCGCUCUCGGGGAACGAGACUGCAGCGUACAGCGCCGCCACCAAAAGAUAUUAGAAGAGUCGCCGGCGCCCGAUUUAGACGAUGUCACAAGACUAGAUCUGUGGGAAAAGGCCAAGACGGCAGCUUUAGCAGUAGGCUACGUCGGCGCGGGAACAGUAGAAUUCAUCUUCGACAAAGAUACGGGCGACUUUUAUUUUAUGGAAAUGAACACGCGACUCCAAGUUGAACAUCCCGUUAGCGAGAUGAUCACGGGGACGGAUCUAGUGGAAUGGCAAUUCCGUAUUGCUGCGGGGGAGAGGCUCCCGUUGACCCAGAAAGAAAUUAUGGAUAGAAUUCACGAAAGAGGCGCAGCCAUCGAAGCAAGGAUAUACGCCGAGAGCCCCGAAAAGGGGUUCUUACCUGAUUCCGGACAGCUUGUCCAUUUAAAAACUCCCAAAGUUAAUGAAGACGUCCGAAUCGAUGCUGGAUUUAUUGAGGGCGAUACCGUUACGGAAGCCUACGAUGGGAUGAUCGCAAAACUCAUUGUCAGGGGUAGGGACCGCGAAACUGCUAUCAGGAAGAUGGAGCUUGCUCUACGCGACUAUGAAGUCGUCGGUUUGAGCACCAACAUCGAGUUCUUGAAGCGUUUGUGCAGGUCUCCGGCGUUCAUAGAAGGAGAUGUUGAGACAGGCUUUAUCGAAAAAUGGAAAGAGGAGCUUCUCGAUCCUGUGGUUAUCAAACCCGAAGUAUACGUGCAAGCAGCGCUUAGUGCAUUCGCCUCUCGGCCAGCGGAAACUGUUCAACCUCAUGGAGAAGCCCUCGGCUUUGGCUCGAACAGCAGCGAACGGAUAUUCUCCUUCAAGUCCCUUGACGUAUUAGAUCAGAAGGAAGGGGAAAUAGUGACUGUUAGCAUAACCCAAAAAGGUAAUAGUUUAUUCGACGCUCGGGUCUCGCGAAAGAACGAGGAUUCUCAAGUCUUCGAAGAUCUCGUGUCUUCGCCCGUGUCGAGCUCGGAGAAGACUAGGCUGAUUACCUACUUCCCCCAUACGCGGUUAGAGACGACAGUUGUCCAAGAUCCCAAUAAUGAUAACAAGAUUACGAUAUUCCAGCUCGGGACGAAGACGGAAUUAGCACUAGUGUCUCCUACAUGGUACAAGAAAGCCUUGGGACUGAAAGAGGUCAUAGGCUCAGUUGCGGCCCCGAUGCCUUGCAAAAUCCUCAAGGUUGAAGUUAAAGAAGGUCACAGGGUUUCCAAGGGGGCUCCUCUCGUUGUCAUCGAAUCCAUGAAGAUGGAGACAGUCAUUCGAUCACCGCAGGAUGGCGUCAUCAAGAGACUCGCUCACAAAGAAGGGGAUAAGUGUAAAGCCGGCACGGUAUUAGUCGUCUUCGAGGAAGAUGGCGCAGAGUAAUAUUUAAGUGAGGAUGGGGAUAUAGCAACAAAUCGUCGAUAGAGGUCCCACAUACUAGUAUGUAUGUUUUGUGUUUUUCUCUGGUUUAGAAGAAGCAUUAUAUAGUCCAUAGAUAUGACAUACAUAUCCCCUAGCGGAAAUAAGUUUACUGGAAAUUUAUAUGGGCAUAACGUCAGGUUGAAAUGUGAAGAUGGACCAUAUUGGUACCUAAGAUACCUCUAGUCUUCGUGGAAGAUGUACUAAUAAGUCCUCAAUGAGGUACCAACCUACCUACCCACCCAGUACCAAAGUAUUGAGAGAGUAUAAAACGCCUCCGCUAAGAGCUCUAAGGGUAUUCACUAAAAGGGGGUGAGAAUAGAAACGGAACUUAAAACACGUGAGAGACAAAGUUCAUUUAUGUCUCAGAAGUCGGCUGUCAAAGAUUGAUAAUCUUGAAAACAGCUGGCUUAGAUAAGAGAUAUAUAUUUGUCUCAGGAAAAUAGGGG